GAAAAGGUUUAGCAGAGAUUAUAAAAAGAGAGACUAAUAAAAGAUUGAUUUUUAAUUUAAUUAUUAUUGAACCGUAUUCAAAACUAACGAUAAUCAUUUAAAUCUGUAUAAAAAGUUUUUUUUUUUUUAUAUGACAGUAAAUAGUAACUAUACUAUGAUUUAUUGUUACUAAUACUGCCAAAUGCCAAGCUGGAUUCUAACAAUAAAUCAUAGUAUAGUUUCUAUUCAAACACUCUUGUUUUGUCAAGUUGAACUGUAUAUUAAACUAUGCUUUGUUCGAUAAAAAAGUACUGGAACUAAUGAUAAUUUACACAAAUUGUUACUUUUCAACUCUAAUAAUCGAAUUUUGUUAUCUACUCAUUACGUAUUUAAGUGAACCACUUCUCUAAUGGAUAAAACUAAAAGAUAGAAGAGUAAAUAAUCAACAAAACACAUUAACUAACGAAGAGAUUACAACACAUACUAUCAUUAAGGAAAGAAGGAAGAGAAGACUCAUUUAAAUUUAAGCUAGUGGUCACUCUCUCCAGGCGCCGCUCUCUCUUUCCAUCUUUCAUUCUCUCUCUCUCUCUCUGAGAAUGGUCAGUCAAUUUCACCACUGAGAGCUCAAAAUCGCCUGAGCUUGACCUUACUCUCGCUCUAUCUCUCCCCCAAGAAAACACCUCCCAGUGUAGAUAAACAGAAGAAGAGAAUCCACGAUGGAAUCUGGAGAAUUUCCUGCAUGGCUUGAGGUUUUGUUAAAAGACAAGUUUUUCAACGCUUGUUUGGAUCAUGAAGAUGUUAAGAAGAACGAGAAGAACAUUUUAUGUAUCGAUUGUUGUCUUAGCAUCUGUCCUCACUGUCUCUCUUCACAUACCACUCAUCGUCUCCUUCAGAUAAGAAGAUACGUGUAUAGAGACGUUUUGAGGGUAGAAGAUGGCUCGAAGCUAAUGGAUUGCUCUUUAAUUCAGCCAUACAUAACGAACAGUUCAAAAGUUGUGUUCAUCAAUGAAAGACCUCAGUCUCGACAGUUUCGUGGUUCCGGUAACAUUUGCAUCACCUGCGACCGGAGUCUCCAGUCUCCUUACCUCUUCUGCUCUCUCUCCUGCAAGAUUAGUGACGUCAUAAUGAGACAAAGAGGACUCGCAGGGUUUCUCCGCGUCUGCAACGUUCUUGAUUUAACCGACGAAGUCACGACAACGACGCCGAGUUCCACUCUCGAACCAACCGGGUCGACCCGAACAACUUCCGAGUCAGCUGGUAACGGAGAAGACAUGUUCUGGUGUCAGGCGCUCGCUUGCACCGCCACUACUGAAAUCGUUAGGAAGAAAAGAAGCAGCUUGUCGACGACUUGCCGGAGAGUCACGGAGGUGGUUUCAACGACUGACACGGAAGCUCCGGUGAACUUUUUAAACCGACGGAAGAAUACGCCGCCGCAACGAGCUCCGCUCUAUUAACUCGUGACAUUUGGUGAAAUUUGGUUGGUCGAAGUUGGUAAGUAGAAUGAAUACACGUAAACUACUAUAGUCUAUAUUUUAUAUUGUUAAUCAAUAUCUCUAAAUAUCGAAUCGAAUUUUUAGGUUUUUAAGAAAAUGAAAUCAUGGAAUUAAAAUAGUUGAAAAGAUCUCUCCUGGUUUUGUCUGACUCUGAUAUCUGUACCGCGUAAUGAGAGAACUCUAUGUUAUUUAAUUCUAAACCAUUUAAAUACUUUUAGUAUAUUGAAACAUAUUCUCGUAUAA